AUGGGUUGGUGUAUAGGUGACACAAAGGUGAUUGUGAGAAGAAUAGAAGAUAUCUAUCUAUCUAUCUAUCUAUCUAUCUCAGUCUGUUCAUCAUCUAUCUAUCUAUAUAUCUAUCUCAGUCUGUUCAUCUAUCUAUCUAUCUAUCUAUCUAUCUAUCUAUCUAUCUAUCUCAGUCUGUUCAUCAUCUAUCUAUCUAUCUAUCUCAGUUCUGUUCAUCUAUCUAUCAUCUAUAUAUCUAUAUAUCUCAUCUGUUCAUCAUCUAUCUAUCUAUCUCUAUCUAUCUAUCUAUCAUCUAUCUAUCUAUCUAGUCUGUUCAUCAUCUAUCUAUCUAUCUCAGUCUGUUCAUCUAUCUAUCUAUCUAUCUAUCUAGUCUAUCUAUCAUCUAUCUAUCUAUCUCAGUCUGUUCAUCAUCUAUCUAUCUAUCUAUCUAUCUAUCUAUCUUAUAUUUUUAACUUUUGA